AUGUCAUCAGGGCACAUACUCACCUGUGUUUUCCUCCUCUGGAGGGCGGUCAGAGCGGUGGACACAGCCAGGAGGAAGAGGCGGAGCCACGGCAGCUUUCUACCAACGAGGGCCGUCUCCAGGGUGGAGGUGUGGCCUGAGGAGGGCCAGUCUCUGGGUCUGAGCAUCGUGGGGGGGCGACAUGUCAUCAAGCGGCUGAAGAACGGGGAGGAGCUGAAGGGCAUCUUCAUCAAGCAGGUGCUGCCAAACAGCCCUGCCGCCAAAACCCGGAGCCUGAAGACCGGGGACAAGAUCCUGGAGGUGGGCUCCACCCCCUCUGCUCCGGCUCCCAGGCCCCCGCUGGAGCUCUGUUUUCUGAGGCUCAGUGAAGGCCUCAUGCCUUCAGAGGCUCGCUCUGAGCCUCCCCUCUGUCCCUCAGGUGUCGGGGGUGGACCUGCGAGCGGCCAGCCACGAGGAGGCGGUCUGCGCCAUCAACCCAUGUCCCUGACCGCCUCCAGCUUCAGGCCCAAAGUGAAGAGGACGGCGUCUCCGGGAAGGGGGGCCGUGAGUCCAGCAGGGGGCAGCACCAGCUCAGCUCAGAGCGGCUUCCAGAAGCCUGCCGUGGCCCCGCCCCCCCUCAAGCAGCCCCCGCCCUACAGGCCUCCCGUCCAAUCAGAGCAGGAGCUGGUGUCGGACCUGGACCAGGUCAGAGUGUGGAACCAGGACCAUGUGGGUGGGUUCCCAGUGUGGAACCGGGACCAUGUGGGUGGGUUCCCAGCGUGGAACCGGGUCCGUGUGGAUGGGUUCCCAGUGUGGAACCGGGACCAUGUGGAUGAGUUCCCAGUGUGGAACCGGGUCCGUGUGGAUGAGUUCCCGGUGUGGAACCGGGACCAUGUGGAUGGGUUCCCAGUGUGGAACCGGGACCAUGUGGAUGGGUUCCCAGUGUGGAACCGGGCCUGGUUUGAGCCGCCUCCGUCCCGCCCUGACCUCUGUCUCUGGUCGUUCUUUGUGCCCGGCUUUCCGGGUUUCCUCGCCGCCUCGGCCUCCUCGGCAUUCCUGGUUCUCAGGUGUUCUCAGGUGUUUCUGGUCCUCAGAUGUUCUCAGGUGUUCCUGGUCCUCAGGGGUUCUCAGGUGUAUCUGGUCCUCAGAUGUUCUCAAGUGUUCCUGGUCCUCAAUGGUAUUCCUGAUCCUCAGGUGUUCCUGGUCCUCAGAUGUUCUCAGGUGUUUCUGGUCCUCAGAUGUUCUCAAGUGUUCCUGGUCCUCAGGGGUUCUCAGAUGUUUCUGGUCUUCAGCCAUCAGGUCAGCAGAGGCAGACUGAGCGUUCUCCGUCUGGGGGGGGGGGGGGGGGGCUCGGCUUUCCCUCAUCUGCUGCAGAGCUUUGCAUUAAACAGCCGUCUGGCGGGUUCAGACUCACCAGCCUCAGCCUCACUUCCUCUGAUCAGGAAUCAGAGGCCGGCCUAUCUGAUGUCCUUAAGAAGCCUUGUGAAGGGUCAGGAUCUGAACCUCUCCAGUGCAGGGUCCGUUAUGCAGAUCUUCGUGAGGACUGACGGGCUUCUGGGGAGCUCACAGUCUGAGAGGGUGGAGGAGGGUUUUCUGGGGAGGACAUUGAGGUUAGAGACUCUGGCUGGUCAGGAACAGGCUCCCAGAGGAGGAGAACAGGAGGAGGAGGGUCAGCCAGGAGGAAAACAGAUUCUGAUGGAUUCAGAGGGCUGGAGCAGAGAGGGAGGGGGCAGCCUCACUGCCUCUAUCGCAGCAGCCGGCUGA